AUGCCAAAUCCAUGUAAUCAUAUUGUGAAUCGAAGAAGUGUCGUGCAUAAGAAGUGUUGUGUCUGCCAGCGUGUAAAGCAUAUUUCCGCUUUUACAAAAUCUGUAUUGAAUUAUUGUAAUUCGGUAUGUAACAUUUGUUCCCUUAAAAGCCUAUGUGAAGAGAAAUUGCAAAGUGAAUGGAGGUCACCUGAUACGAAAUUCAAAAUUGUUCCCGAUCUAGGAAAUUUGCUAGAUCAAGGCUCCACGGAUACUCAAGAAGAUGAUUCGCUGGAUGUGCCUCGCGCAAACUAUAUUGUUCCGUAUUCGAAAUGGAUACCAGUGAAAGAUUUUGAAUUUUGUAAAGAUCAUGAGCAAGUCAUUGUGGCUAAAGUAGUGGUAUCCUCAUACCUAUGAGAGACUCAUAGUUUUUUGCUUGAUUAUGAGUAACAACGCAUAUAUAUAUG